GCAAAUCGACUGGCUUUGUGACCACGACCCGGGUAACACAUGCCACACCGGCGGCCUUCUACGCUCAUGCGGCUAAUCGAUACUGGGAGAGCGACGACAAGGUGCCCAAGGAGGCACGCUCACUCUGCAAAGACAUUGCCCGACAGCUGAUCGAAGACGAACCUGGACGGAAUUUAAAUGUCAUCAUGGGUGGCGGGUCUCGGCACUUUGAACCUCGCAGUGCCGACAAUCCGGCGGGGAAACGAAGCGACGGACGAAACCUGACGGCCGCCUGGCUGGAGGACAAACGACGCCGUGGUCUCCACGGCAGCGUAGUCGCCAAUCGGCGGCAGCUGAUGCAGCUAAACAGCAGUAAAGUGGAUUACCUUCUAGGACUCUUUUCCUCGAACCACCUCGCCCACGAGGCUGACCGCGACAAAUCGGAUUACGGCGAGCCGUCGUUGGCGGAGAUGACGCUGGCCGCCGUGCAGGUGCUCAAGCACAACCCAAACGGCUUCCUCCUCGUCGUCGAGAGUGGCCGCAUCGACCACGCCCACCACCAGAACAACGCCUACCGGGCGCUGACGGACACGCUGGCGCUGGAGGCGGCCGUGGAGCAGGUGCUGGCAGCGGUCAACCGCAGCACCCCCCUCCUCCUGGUCACUGCAGACCAUUCGCACGUGCUGACGCUGGGCGGCUCCUUCCCAGGGAGGGGCAAUCCGAUUCUGGGGCUGGACGCUUCGCUCUCUGACGUCGACGGUCUGCCCUACACGACGCUGCUGUACGCAAAUGGUCCCGGAUACGUGACGCCGGCCAAUCGAAGCGCCACCAACUACUCAGGAACAG